GUCUCCUCCGCGCGGUCUCGUCCUUUCCGACCUUGCUUUAGCGAAACGAAAUAGAACAGAUAAAGCGAAACUGAGAGUAGAGUGGUAGAGGGAGCGAAAGGGAGAACAAGGGACAAAAAAUCAAAGGGGGAAGGAAGAACGGAGGGAGAGAGACCGAUUAAAAAUUGUCAAUAGAUGAAAAGAGAAAGAGAGAACGAAAGGUAGAAAAACGAGUGAGAAAGUUAUACCUUUCGAAUAAGAGCAGCCCCGAAGUCUCUUCAAAUUGGACGGAAAACAGAAGAGGCGAUUGAAAAGAGAAAAAAAAUACUAAUCGUAGUAGACGAUAAAUAUAGUAAAUACCGAAAAAAAGGUUUGUUGUUUCCGAGCGUGUAACGUCCCCCGUUCGCGCGCGCGCGCGCUCUCUCGCUUUCCCGUAUUCAAGCCUUUCGUGUUAUAAACAGAGGUAAAAAGACAGUAGUAAAAGAAAAAAAAACACACUGAGAGAAAAAGAGAGAGAGAGAGGGAGGGAGACAUAGAAUCGUAAAACCUGCGAUCGUGUCUAGUGAAGAUCGUCGAAUUCACGAGAAAAUGGCAUCGAGCUUUACGCCCUGUGCGUCGAUGAAUUGCCUGCUGAAUGCUGCGCUCCUCGCGUUCCUCGUCGUUCUUCAAGCUAACGCUACCGCGAACAAGGCAGGCUACGCGAAACCGCCUCCGUGUCAGAGCGACAUUUACUGCCAUGGCGAGCUCCUGCACACGAUACAGAUGGCGUCGAUCUACAAGGACUCGAAGACCUUCGUCGACAUGAAAAUGAAGCAUCCGCCGAACCAGACGCUCGCGUUGUUCCGUCGUUUCAUGGAGCAGGUCGAUCAGAUGCCGACCAGGCAUCAGAUCGAGCAGUUCGUGAACGACACCUUCGAUCCGGCCGGCUCGGAGUUCGAGGAAUGGGACCCCGCGGACUGGACGCCUCAUCCGCGGUUCCUGAACAAGAUCCACGACCAGGACCUACAGAAAUUCGCUUCAGACCUGAAUCACAUCUGGAAGAUGCUCGGUCGCAAGAUGAAAGACGACGUCCGUGUGAACGAGGACCAAUACUCGAUCAUCUACGUGCCCCAUCCAGUGAUCGUCCCAGGCGGCAGAUUCCGGGAGUUCUACUAUUGGGACUCGUAUUGGAUCAUCAAAGGUCUGUUGCUCUCGGAGAUGUACAGCACCGUAAAAGGUAUGCUGAGCAACUUCGUCUCGAUCGUGGACAAGAUCGGUUUCAUACCGAACGGCGGACGAAUCUACUACACGAUGAGAUCGCAUCCGCCACUUCUGAUCCCGAUGGUCGACGAAUACCUGAAGACCACCAACGACUACGACUGGCUGUCCGAGAACUUCCAUCUACUCGAGAAGGAGUUCGACUUCUGGAUGACCAAUCGAACGAUCGAGGUCGAACUGGACGGCGCCAACUACACGCUGGCAAGAUACUACGAGGAGUCCGCUGGACCCAGACCAGAGUCCUACAAAGAGGAUUAUCUGACCAGCCAGAGCUUUCGCACCACGGAGGAGAAAGAGAACUACUACGCGGAGCUGAAGACCGCCGCCGAGUCGGGCUGGGACUUCUCCAGUCGUUGGUUCAUACACGACGGCACGAACAAAGGUAAUCUGACGAACUUGAAAACGAGAUACAUUAUCCCCGUCGAUUUGAACUCGAUAAUAUAUCGGAAUGCACAGCUGCUGGCCCAGUACAGUCAGCGGAUGGGCAACGAAACGAAGGCCGCGUACUAUCGGCAAAGAGCGGACGAAUGGAUGAAGGCAGUGACAGCCGUGCUGUGGCACGACGAGGUAGGCGCCUGGCUGGACUACGACACUCUGAACGACAUCAAACGCGAUUACUUCUAUCCAACGAACAUUCUGCCGUUGUGGACAAAUUGUUUCGACGUGGCCAAACGGGACGACUACGUUUCGAAGGUGCUCAAGUAUCUCGAGAAGAAUCAGAUCAUGUUGAAUUUAGGCGGUAUACCGACCACCCUCGAGCACUCCGGCGAGCAAUGGGACUAUCCGAAUGCUUGGCCGCCGUUACAGUACUUCGUUAUCAUGUCGUUGAACAACACCGAGGACCCGUGGGCCCAGAGACUGGCGUACGAGGUCAGCCAACGAUGGGUACGGAGCAAUUACAAGGCGUUCAACGAGACGCACAGCAUGUUCGAGAAGUACGACGCGACGGUGUCGGGGGGCCACGGGGGCGGUGGCGAGUACGAGGUACAAUUGGGUUUCGGCUGGACGAACGGACUCAUCAUGGACUUGCUGGCCAGGUACGGUGAUAGGUUGACGGCUGAUGACCAUUUCGUGCCCGACGACGUUGUACUGAGCGCGGCGCCCCAGCAGGUGGUCGUGUCGACGGCUGGUCAGGUGAUGACCGGCAUCCUAGCGUUGAUUAUAUCGCUCGCCGCAGGAUUCAUAGGGUGAGAUAUCCUUCUUCUGGUCUAACGCGCCUAGGGGAAUACCUUUGCGAGAGCAAACCGUUGUCGAUAGAAUCGCGUGUGUUAUCGGCGCGAUCGCGUUCUCUCUGUCGAUCCAAAGGCACAAGUGCACGCGUUCGCGGCCGAUCGUCGUUUGUCCUCUUUGCUUUCCGCCCAGAGGCCCGGUAGGAAGCCAAGGAAACGAACCGAUUAACGGCGGACCAAACGAAAGCGAGUGCUGGCACUGGCAGACACGAGAAUCAUUGUUCGUUAGAGCUAGUUUGUAUACGUUUGUUGGCUGUUGCCGAGGACGGGACCGAAGCUGGGUUUGACCAUUGAACCUGUUUCGACCGUUCAGGGUACCAAAAUGUAGUCUAAGUAACUUCCAAGAGAGCGGAGAGACACGUGAUUCCAUAGGGUUU